AUGUUUCUUAACAGAACCAUGGUCACUUUUGCUUUAGUUAUUUCCACCGCGGUCUUAUUAGGUUGGUACAUGAGGAGGAAACGCAAAAACAAUAACGAUGAAAAUAGAAUCGAUGAUCAGGAGCCUGAAGAUAACUUAUCGGUCAUUUUAAAGGACAAUCGGUUUAUAUUAUUUAUGAUCGAUGGUUUAAUUCUCGUUGGAUACUUCCUCAGGAUGUUACCGAUCGGAUUGGUUGCCCAAUUAGUGCUUUUCGCAUUACUAGCAUACACCUUUCAUAUAGUAUUGUCAAAAUGUUAUGCGAUUAAUGUAAUUUGGUGUCAAGGGAUAAUUUCUAUAAAUGUUGACAUCGAUUUAAAAUUAUUUCCAAAAUUAAGAAUCUUGAAAUUAUUUUACCUCAGUGGUAGAACGCAGUGA